GUUGUAAAUUGUAAUCCAGUGGAUAAUAUCUCCACAAGAUAUAGACAAUUAACAAUUAAUUCAACAAUGAAUAUAUCGUUAAUAAAUAAAAAUGGUAGUUUUUCUUCGCCGUUGUUAAUGAUAUUGAUGGUGCUGUUCCUGUUUGUUUAAUUCCUUUUUCUCUCUCUUAAAAGACUCCGCCGUCUCUCUCUCUCUCCCUGUGUCGCUGUAUGUUUGUGUGGGGGAUUCCCUUUGCCAUUUUCUGGAGAUGGUGAUAUCAUAGGGGAGGUGAUGAAUUGAUCUCUGCUUAGAAACGAAGGAUCAAUAGAGAUGGGUUCUUGUGUGUCUAGACCUGAAGGCUGUGUUGGCCAAAGGUCGAGGUCUUCUAAGAAGAAGAGUCGUAAAAGAAGGAAAACCUUUAAGAAAAGGGCGCCUUCUCGUCUUUCCGAGGGUUCCUCUGAUAAUGUCGAUCGUCGCUCUUCCUUCACCAACCCAGCUUUUCAAGGAAGCCAAGAGUUGUGGUUUGAUCCAGUUUCAGUAUUUGACUCCGACUGCGAAGAGGAGUUUGAAAGUGUUCAGGAGGAUACGUUGUCUUUAAAUGGUCUUGAAGGUGUAGCUUCAUCCAAUAUUUCAUCUCUAAGAGAUGCUAAUUAUGGAGAACAUUCUUCUUUAGUUGACCAGAUGCAGAAACCAGGGGGUCUGUCAACUGGUAAUUCUGCAUGCAACUCUGCUAGUGAGGCUGCUAGAAUUUCAAAUAGUCAAAUCUUAUGUUCAAAGGAUGUUAAUCCCCAAUUAAAGUAUGAUGGGGCUUCAAAUGAAGUAAAGCAACCUGUUUUUCUUGAUGAUAUUGCCUCCUCUGCUGGUGAAGGUCCCGGGAAGGAGGUCGGAUUGUUGGAUAACUGUGGCAUUCUUCCAAGCAAUUGUCUACCUUGUCUUGCAUCUACUGUUUCAUCUGUUGAAAAGAGAAGAUCGCUCAGCUCUAGCCCACCAAGUGCAAGGAAAAAGAAUGCCUUAAAACUUCCAUUUAAAUGGAAAGAAGGGCAUCCCAAUGCUGCCCUAUUUUCGUCGAAGAGGCUUCUUCAGAGACCAAAAGCAGGGUCUCAAGUACCAUUUUGCCCUACAGAAAAGAGAAUGUUUGAUUGUUGGUCUCAUAUUGAGCCAGGUACUUUCAAGGUUCGAUCAGAAAAUUAUUUUAGGGAUAAGAAGAAGGAUUUUGCACAUAACCAUGCUGCAUAUUAUCCUUUUGGCGUUGAUGUAUUCUUAUCUCCACGAAAAAUAGAUCACAUAGCUAGAUUUGUUGAACUACCUGUUGUUGGCCAUUCAGGGAAACUACCAUCUAUCCUUGUUGUAAAUGUUCAGAUUCCCUUGUAUCCUCCUGCACUUUUUCAUAGUGAAAUUGAUGGGGAAGGGAUGAAUUUUGUUCUGUACUUUAAGCUUUCCGACAGUUACUUGAAGGAGCUUCCACCUCACUUUCAAGAAAACAUCAGGAGAAUAAUUGAUGAUGGAGUUGAAAAGGUUAAAGGAUUUCCUGUAGAUACAAAUGUCCCAUUUCGAGAAAGAUUGAAAAUAUUAGGCCGUGUUGCAAAUGUGGAAGAUCUUCACAUGAGUGCCGCAGAGAGGAAGCUUAUGCAGGCAUAUAAUGAAAAGCCUGUUCUUUCACGUCCACAGCAUGAAUUCUACUCAGGAGAAAAUUAUUUCGAGAUUGAUAUCGAUAUGCACAGAUUCAGUUACAUCUCCAGGAAAGGUUUCGAUGCAUUCCUAGAUAGGUUAAAGUUCUGCAUCUUAGACGUUGGCCUCACAAUUCAGGGUAAUAAACCUGAAGAGUUGCCUGAGCAGAUCUUAUGUUGUGUACGGUUAAGCGGCAUCGACUAUAUGAACUAUCACCAACUCAGUCUAAAUCAAGAGCCCUCAGACACAAGUGCUGAAUCUUAAAUGUUUAUAGCUAUUGUUUAAUAAGAAAAGGAUUGUGCGCUUUCUUCGUUGGUACUCGAAUUUCCAAGCUCAUUCGCCUCGACCAGGAGACGAGUAGACCUCUUCAUCUGCUUAUCUCCCUAACCUUUAGAGCCUCACAUCCAUGGCUGCUGGUUCUCAAGUGUGUUUAACAAAUGUAAUUCAACUGUUUUUUUUUUUUUUAUCGAAAUUCGUCUGCUAGGAUCGCAAUAAUUGUGAUCAGAUAUGAACAAAUAACUGGUUAGGCCAGCUCCGUAUUUGGCAUAUAGUAUUUGCUGAUUCAGCAUUACUAUAUGACAGAAUAUUAUAUAGCCUUGUAAUGGCUAUGAGGAAUCUAUAAAGAAAAUUCAUAUUGUAGAAACAAA